AUGGCACGCCCAACUGGUCUCAUUGCCUCCAAGGGCAUUGAAUUACUCACCUGGAGCACUCCCAACGGAUACAAGGCUAGCAUCCUCCUUGAAGAGUUGAAGGAGGCCUAUGGGCUUCAGUAUACAUCCCAGGGUAUCAACAUCGGCCAGAAUAUUCAAAAGGAGCCGUGGUUCACGGCCAUUAACCCGAAUGGUCGCAUUCCCGCCAUUGUCGACCAUGACCACGGCGACUUGGCUGUUUUUGAGGGCAAUGCAAUCUUGUCGUACCUGUCUCGCCGAUAUGAUACGGAGAGACUCUUCUCGUUUGCCCCAGACGAUGAUGACUAUACACGCGCAGAGUCUUGGAUAGGCUGGCAGCACGGUGGCCUGGGUCCCAUGCAGGGGCAAGCCAACCACUUUGUACGAGCCGCCAAGGAGAAGAUUGCCUACGGAAUGCAGCGCUAUGUUGGUGAAACGGAACGGCUGUACGGCAUCCUCGACGCUCGCCUCAAGGACCGGGACUUCGUCGUAGGUCCGGGACGGGGCAAGUAUAGCAUCGCCGACAUUGCUCUCUUGGGGUGGGUCAACGCCGUCCGAGGCACAACCAUUUCCAUUGACCAGUUCCCGUCCAUCAAGGCAUGGCUGGCACGUUGCUGGGAGCGUCCCGCGGUACAGAGGGGCUUCCAGGUUCCCUCUGCACCGGCGUCCUCAGCCCUCACGCCCCAAGUAGGCGAGGCUGCCGAACAGGCAAAGCAGCUCAAGCAAUUGGUUGAUGAGGCCAAGAAGCAAUACGGCUAUGUUUAUUCGUCGCCAUGA